AUGGAUGUGAAAACGCCAUUGUUGCCUGUUGAAGAACUCAAACUCAACAGCCAAAAUAGUCGGAAUUCAGUCGAUCUUUUUAAAUGCGAUUUCUUGUCUAAACUACCUGAGAAAAUAAGGAGAGGUCUUGAUCCUGAGGCUCCUUUCCGCUAUGAUUUCCCUACAACUGUUGCCUUGUCAAAAGGCGAGAAAGAAUACUAUGAAAGACAAUUUGCCACCUUGAGGUCCUUUGAGGAAGUUGACUCAAUUGAUUCCCCCAAUGUCAUUGAUGAGGAGCUAGACCGUCAAGAGCAAGCUCAACAUGAAAGGGCGAUGAACAUUUCUAAUUUGGCAAACGUCUUCCUGCUUGCAUUGAAGAUAUAUGCUACGGUCCAAAGUGGCUCCUUGGCUAUUGCAGCAUCAACGCUGGAUUCUUUGCUUGAUCUUAUGGCCGGCGGAAUACUAUGGUUUACCCACUUGUCGAUGAAAAGCAUAAACAUCUACAAAUAUCCUAUUGGCAAAUUAAGAGUGCAACCAGUAGGCAUUAUCAUUUUUGCUGCUAUCAUGGCAACUCUUGGCUUUCAGGUGCUUGUACAGGCUGUUGAACAGCUGAUCAAAGCUGAACCUGUAGGAAACAUGACUUCAAACCAACUUGUGUGGUUGUAUUUCAUCAUGCUGACAGCGACUGUAGUAAAACUCAUUCUUUGGAUUUACUGCAGAAGCUCUGGAAACAAGAUUGUUCGAGCCUAUGCAAAGGACCAUUAUUUUGAUGUGGUGACAAAUGUGGUUGGUUUAAUUGCUGCUGUUUUAGGCAAUAAGUUCUACUGGUGGAUCGAUCCUUCUGGAGCUAUAAUUCUUGCUUUCUAUACUAUUUCAAAUUGGUCAGGAACUGUGUUGGAAAAUGCAGUUUCGUUGGUGGGACAAUCAGCUCCUCCUGAAGUACUGCAGAAACUCACAUAUCUUGUUCUAAGGCACAGUCCUCAAAUCAAGCGGGUUGAUACAGUUCGCGCUUACACAUUCGGCGUUCUCUACUUUGUUGAAGUGGACAUAGAGCUUCCUGAGGAUUUGCCUUUGAAGAAAGCCCAUGCAAUUGGAGAAUCGUUGCAGAUAAAGAUUGAAGAACUUGCUGAAGUUGAAAGGGCUUUUGUUCAUCUCGAUUAUGAGUGUGAUCACAAGCCAGAGCACACUAUUCUCAGUAAACUCCCUAAUACCGAGCCUUAA